CUUUAUUAUUUUUUUUUUUUUUUAUUUUUAAAUAGAUAGAUAAUGUCAGUUGAAAGUUCGAAUAUUAUCGGUUCACUUACUUUUUGUCCAGAAUGUGGCAAUCUUUUAGACAUGGCUGGUGCAGAUGAUGAUAUUUUAUUAUGUAACCAAUGUAGCUGUGCCUUUAGAACUGCAGGCGUUGAGGCUACAGAAGUUGUCACCACUUCGUCCGAUCGUGCUUUUCAAUCACCUUUAAAAUCCAAACGUCAUUUAGUUCAACAAAGCAAACAAAAUAAGCAAGAAAGAGCGAUUAUUAAAGAAAAAUGUCCCAACUGUGGUAAUCCCGAAAUGGAAUAUCAUACUAUGCAAUUACGUUCUGCUGAUGAAGGUCAAACUGUCUUUUACAACUGUAAAAAAUGCGGUUAUAAAUACUCUGUUAACAAUUAGACUUUUCUUUUGAUUAUAUACCUUCUUUUUGUUGUA